AUGUCAUCUUUGAGGUCCAAGCUCCCUCUGUUCCUGUAUGGGAUCCUCCUGUGCAGCUCCUUUGGUCCUCUCCCAGUCAUUAGCAGUAAGAGACAAAACAUACAGAACACCGGCUCAUUGGUUUGGGCCAGCGGCAACUCCUGGGACAAGAGGGAGGUGAUGCCUAGAGAUGGAGAGUACCUGCUGGGGAUAAAGAGACUGAGAAGGCUUUACUGUAAUGUUGGCAUCGGCUUCCACAUUCAGGUCUUACCAAACGGGAAGAUCACAGGCGUGCAUAAUGAAAACAGAUACAGUCUUCUAGAAAUUUCCCCAGUGGAGAGAGGAGUGGUAACUCUGUUUGGGGUGAGGAGUGGUCUCUUCAUCGCCAUGAACAACAAAGGGAAACUCUAUGGUUCGGGUCAUUACAAUGAUGAAUCCAAGUUCAAGGAGAAUCUCCUGGCCAACAACUAUAAUGCGUAUGAAUCAGCUGCCUACCCUGGCAUGUACAUUGGCCUCAGCAAGACUGGUAAAACCAAGAGAGGCAACCGGGUCACACCCACCAUGACCAUGACACACUUUCUUCCCAGGAUAUGA